GCAAUUAGACGGUUAGCACAUGAUCACACCCUCCAGAUUCAAAUAAAGCGUCACAUAAAUAUCUGAAUUGCAUGUCAUCUAGAAGUGCUGUCUUUUAAGGUAAACCCUCAUCUGCGGUGGGACUCCGUCAGUGCUCUGUCUCGGAGUCCACCUUAAGAUGUCAAGUGAGGUCCAAUUCUGGAGUUGUCCCGAGACCAACAAAUUACACAUCACUCCUGGAUACAAAACAUCUGGGCAACAAAGGGACUUGGAGGAGUUUAAACUGAGGCAGCUGUGAGGAAGAGCAGCAGACGGACGGAUCUCUCCAACAUGAAUCCUGCUCCCGUGGUGCUGGUGUUGUGUCUGCUGGCGACAGUGGCGGCUCAGUCUCACGACCAUCAUGACAUGGGCUGGGUCAACGGCUACCGUCAGAGCUUCAACUUCCAGUGUCCCCACGGCGAGGUGAUGGUGGCCGCCAGGAGCUACUACAGCGAGGAGGAUGGCAUGGACCGCUUGUGGUCGUUUGAGUGCCAGCCCACACCUGAGGGUCUGGGGGAGCCCAGCGACUGCUGGUGGGACGACAUCAGCCGGGCUGGGUUGGAGUGGACUUCUACAUGCACUCGCAACGGCCUGGUCGCAGGCGUACAGAGCAAGUACUUUGAAUCUGUUCUGGACCGGGAAUGGCAGUUCUACUGCUGCUACUACAAACGCCGCUGUCCUUACUCCUGCAUGAAGACCACUGACAUCCCUGAACACUACAGAGAAGAGGGAGAGCUGGUGGUGCCGAGUUACGGCUACUUCAUCCGAGGUGCCCAGACCACUUUCAGUGGAGUGCUAAGGGAUCGGCAGUGGAAGUACAUCCUGUGCAGAAUGACAGACUUUGAUUGUGAAUUUGAAAAUCUAUAGAUUGUAAGCAGCAUUUUCAACUAAAAAAUACAUACUGUUACAUGUAAACAGAAACAUAAUGCUGACAUAAUACGUAAAUGAUAUGAUUCGUGUUUUCACUCAUGUGUUUACUUUUGAUGAACGCUUUAACCACGGGCAUGCCGUAUACUGUACGCCUGUAUAAUCACUGUUUUUUUUAAGUCCAGCAUGAAAAAUGAGUGCUCAUAUAGAAGCAACUUUAAACGUAGACAUCAGCACAGAGGGCCCACAGGGGGUUUGGGUGCCGCCACUUUGAACGGCAUUAAGUGUUUUCAUUUAGAUGUGGGAGGAAGUGGAAGUCCUUUGGCAGCACGUGAAAGUGCUUUUACCAAACAAACUCGAUUAUUUGAUCUUGUGGUCGUCGUCAGCGCUCUGCUCCAAGAUCUCUUAGCUGAGGUCAGGUAGCAGCGAUGGCCAGACAAAGUAGCUUGCAACAUUUUCACGGUGGUAAGUGGGCAGCAGGGCGUGUCUGAUUGGGGUUUUGUCUUUGGAGGUAACACUAGGGAAACAAUUGCGUGUGUUGGAAGUAAUAAUAAAAAAUAAAAAAAAA